AUGACCAGCGCCUUCAACAGCACCAAAAGCGGCCUCAGCAGCGCAUUCAGCAGCGCAAAGAGCAGCGCGAACAGCGCAUUCACAUCGGCAAAACGGCAGGCGUCCGACCAGGUGGAGAAUGCAAGAGACUUGGCGAUGGACCAAGGGACGGAGCUCUUCGAGUCGGCAAAGGAGCAGGUCACGGAUCAGGCGACCAGUGCGUUCGACUCCGCAAAGUCCCAAGGGACGGACCUCUAUAACUCCACAAAAGAGCAGGUCACGAGUCAGGCUACCGAGACGUACGACUCCGCAAAGGAGCAGUUGACAAGUACGUUCAACUCCACCAAGUCGCAGGUGACCGAGCAGGCGAGUAAGGUCUAUGACUCGACCAAGUCGCAGGUGAUCGAAGCCGUCGACUCUGGCAAGGAGCAGGCGAGCAAGACGUACGACGACGCGGUGGGCAGUGCGAAAAAGGCGAGAGACAAGGUGACGGACAAAGCCGCAGAUCUCCAGGGCAAGGCCCAGGAGAAGGUUGACGGCCUGACCGGAAAGGCCUCGGAUCACAUCGAUAGUCUGACCGCGAACUUAAACGAGGGGAUCGAAUCGGCCACGAACCAACUGAACACGGCGACCGAUGGCCUCAACACGAAGGUCUCCCAGGCGACGGAUGACCUCAACGCCAAGCUUGCCUCCGCCCUGCCAACAUCGGGCACGACGCAGCCUACGGAGAGCAACUCGCUCGUGGAGCAGCUGAAGGCGGCUCGCAACGCCGCCGCGCGCGAGGAUGCGAUGGCCGACGGCGUGAUCGACGAGGAAGAGCAGAAGGCGAUCGAUGCGGCGACUGCGGCGAUCGAUGAUCUGGAGGCAAAGGUGAAGGAGGCAAAGGACAAACUCGUGUCCGGAGAGAUGACCUUCCAGUAG